AUGCGUCCCAGUGACUUUGACUCGGGCGACGGUCCGUCGACUGUGUUGAUUGUGUUCAUCCCGAUCCUCGUGGUCGUUCUCACGGUCCUUCUGGGCGUGCUGAUCUUCCUGAUCGCUCUGCUUUGCAUGAAACGGCAGAGAGGCAUUCGCCUUGCUGAAGACGGCGGGCCUCUAGACCUUUCCAAGGGCGACGGUGUCAUCGGUGAGGGCGGAGUAGAAGGUGUGGAGCAACGCUGGCUCGAGACUUGCGAUCCCGACGUACGGGAGGCCUACCUCCGAGCUAAAGACUGGCAAGGCCAGUACCCGCCCUCGUCUGUUCCCACAGACAUCACCCUGUCCCAGUUCCUCUCGAUCCAGGAGAAGGGCGUCGCUGCGUGGGCAUUUGAGCCCGACUACGAGGAGAACCUCUCGCUCUACGUCCAGUCGCGCACCGAGAUCACCUUCCUUUCUGACGGCCCCGGUAUGCCUGUCCGCGAGGGCGGCGGCAAUUCGGUCAUGGCCAACUUGCCACUUCCCAAACUCAACGAGGUCUACUACUGGGAGGUCAAGAUGUACGAGAAGCCCGCGACUACCGAGGUUGCCAUCGGUCUGGCAACCAAGCCAUACCCGUCGUUCCGCUUGCCUGGGUGGAACAGAUUUUCGGUCGCCUACUUCGCCUCGGACGGCUUCAAGUCGCACAACUACCCGUUCACAGCUUCCUCGUACGGUCCUCCUCUUGCCGAGGGUGACGUCUUGGGUGUGGGGUAUCGCCCUCGCACGGGCACCGUCUUCUUCACGCGCAACGGCCGCAAGCUCGAGGACUGCUACACGGGCCUGCAGCGCCUGAAUCUGUUCCCCACUGUUGGUGCCAAUGGCCCCGCCACUCUGCACGUCAACCUUGGCCAGGCUGGAUUCGUGUUCAUCGAAGCCAAUGUCAAGAAGUGGGGCCUUGCUCCGAUGACGGGCACCCUUGCUCCUCCACCUGCGUACGGUAGCGAGCGCGGCAGUAUCCUUCUCGACGCAGGCUACGGUACCCCCGGCUCAAGCCAGCCCAACCUGAGCGGCAUUGGCGCUCUGCUUGAGGCUGCUCGUAACCGCGCGGCGGCCAGCCAUGGCUCUUCGGGCACCACCCCCAUCCCUUCUCGCUCCGUUGCCCACGCCGCAUCUACUCCUCGUUCGUCGAGGCGGCAUCGCAGGAACAACUCGCACCUCGCUCCCAGCCCCUUGCGCGACGGUGACAGCACGCAUCCCGCGGAGGCCUCGUCAUACCGCUCCCCGACCGAUACUCCGCAGAUCGAGGCGCGCGUGCCUGACGUUGAAGACCUCGAGUCUGAGGAUGACUCGGACGACGACUCCACUCGUUCCCCUCCAAACCCGCCCACACCCAAUGUUCUCGACAUCUCAAUGAACUCGCUCCGUGGUGAGCAGUCUUAUUUCCACCGUCGCUCCAGUCCCAACGCUUCAGUCACGAGCGAGAGCGGGACCCACGAGAGCGAGAACAGUGGCAGCACCCUGCGGCCACGCGCGAUGCGGCGCGAGCCCAGCCUUGGCCCGCCGCAGGACUCGCCUCCUCCACCGGGUUAUGCCCCCCUCGACCCGCACGUCUACUCGGCCGGCCUGCCCGCCGACUUGCCCGAGGAGCUCAUCAACCAGGCGAUUGCGGCCAUGAGCGAUGCGUAA